AUGCCGCUCGCAGAAACAUCAGGAGACGAUGACAGUUUCAACAUCUCGCGAUUAUGUGGAGUGGAGACGGAUUUCAUGGCUGACAUGCCUCAUCUUUUCUCUCGUCAUAUACAUGAAGGAUUCGACUUUGUUCUUGCUCCAUUGAUGGAUCCGAGCUAUAGGCCUAGCUUAAUGGAAAUUAGCAAUGACAGACCUGUUGUUCUACCAUUUGUUGGUUCAGAAUUUCUUUUGAGUCCUUCUCAGUGGAGCAAACAAGUUAUAGGAAAACUUAGCACUUGGAUUGAUCUGGAUUCAGAAGGCGAUAAACUUCGAUAUAACUCAGAAAUCACUCUUAGACAGGAAAUAGCAUGGGCUUCUCAUUUGUCUUUGAAGGCAUGUGUUCUUCCUACCCCCAAAAGAGUAUCAUGUGCUAAUUAUGCAAGAUUUGUUAAAGAGAUUCUACAUAAUCUAAAAGGAAUGCAGUUGUGGCUCAGGAUUCCGCUUGUGAAAUUUGACGAGGACGCUAGGGAUGCCGAAGGACUGGUUGAUUCAUGGGAAAUGUGGAACUCCUUUCGUCUUAUUUGUGAACAUCACAAUCAGUUGUCAAUUGUUCUGGAUGUCUCGAAUAAUCUACCCUCAAUAAAUUCAAUUGACCGUUGGUUUGGGGAGCCUGUUUGUGCAGCCAUCAUUCAUACUGAUUCCUUUAAAACCAAUGCUAAGGGUCCAUUCCUAUCUAGGAAACUCCAAAUACUAGUCACUAGCUUUUUCCACCAUUCUAUUCAGGUAAAUCAUCACUCUACAUAUACGAGCACUUUAGUUACUAAUUUUAUAAUCUCUGGCCUAAAUGAUCGAAAAAAGACAGCUUCUGAUUUAUGUGCAAAUGAGACUAAUAACUUUGACCAUGAUCCUCUAAGACAUCCUCUACGAUCAUAUUUGGAUUAUUUUGCUUAUAUAUAUAGAAGGAUGGUUCCUCUUUCUGGGCUUGAAUUAUCUAAGAUAGGUUUCAGAGAUGUCUUGCACGGACCAAUGCAACCUUUCAUGGAUAACGUGGAUACAGAUAUACUUAAAACAUCUGAAAUAGAUACAGCAAGAUAUACUCAGUACCGAAGAGCAAUUUUAAAGGCUUUAAGUGAAAGGAUCAGUAAUGAAGAAGCAUCAACUGUUACAUUAGUAAUAGUGAUUGUUGGUCCUGGAAGAGGGCCUAUUCUUACGACAACAUUAGAGGCUGCUGUAUUAUCAGACCGGAAGGUGAAAGUUUAUGCUGUGGAAAAAAAUCCAAAUACAUUUGUCUAUUGGCAUAAUUGGGUCCUGUCGGAGAAUUUGGAAGACAUCGUAACUGUAGUUUAUAGUGACAUCCGAGUCUGGGAAGCACCAGAGAAAGCUGAUAUUUUGGUUAGCGAUUUGCUGGGACCUUUUGGUGAUGAUCUAUUAUCACCAGAGUACCUUAAUGGGGCAGAAGAAUUACUGAAGGAUGAUGGGAUAUCAAUUCCUUCAUCGUAUACAAGUUUUAUCGAACCAGUAACAUCAACGAAGCUGUUCAACGAUGCCAGGUCCCUAAACAAUCUUGCUCAUUUGGAAACUAGAUAUUCUGUCAAACUUUAUCGGGUUGCAAGUCUUGCUCCUUCAGAACCUGUCUUUACGUUUUGUCAUCCAAAGACUACAACAAACAAUGAGAGGCACGCAAAGAUUCAGUUCAAGAUACCACAUGAUAAUGGUUCAGUUUUAGUUCAUGGUUUGGCGGGUUAUUUUGAUGCAGUACUUUACAAAAACAUUCAUCUUAGUACUGAACCUUCAAGAGCCACACCUGACCUGAGUAGUUGGUACCCGGCAUUUUUUCCUCUGAGGAAACCUGUUUAUGUAGCUCUGGGGUCCCCUUUAGAAGUUCAAUUCUGGCGUCGCUGUGAACCUACCAAGGUUUGGUAUGAAUGGUGUGUGACUUUGCCAACAAUGUCAUCUAUGCAUAACACUUCUGGUCGCUCGUACUCGAUUGAUCUCUAACUAGGACCAUUUCUCUAAAGCCUUUACACAAUGAUAAUAGUAGUUUGAGGCAAAUAUUAUUAGCAUGUUUAGAUUGCAGCCACUAUAUGAAAAAAUUGUGAAAAUUAGUUUUGUUUUCUAUGGAGGAGGAAUAGGAUACAUAAGCUUCCUUCUAUAAUCAUUUCUUUACAUAAUAGAUACAUGCAUUCAGUCGUCGAAGUUUCUAUAUACAAAGAAGAUGAUGAUCUAUAUUGCACUUGUUGUUGGU